AUGGAUAUCGGUGCGCGGGACGACAUGGAGAUUGACUCCAUGGACGUCUCCAACGCUUUCCUGCAAGGUGAACUGCACGAACGCAUCUUUCUCCGCCGACCUCCCGGGUUCCAUGCUACGUUCCCCGACAACACCGUCUGGCAGCUGAAGCGACCGGUCUACGGCCUGAAGCAGGCACCACGAGAAUGGCAUGCGAAGCUGUCUGCUACUCUCCAGUCCCUUGGCUUCUCCCCCUCCCACUCCGACGCCAGCCUCUUCAUCCGCUCUUCCCCCAGUCGCUUCUUCAUCUCGGUCUACGUCGAUGACAUGAUCCUGCUCGCUGACACCAGGACUGACAUGGAUCAAGUGAAACGGUCUCUUCAGGAACGUCUCAAGUGCAAGGACCUUGGUCCGCUGCAGAACUACCUCGGCAUGGCUAUCACUCGUGAUCGAUCCGCCCGCACCAUCACCCUCUCCCAGUCCCACUACAUCGGCCAGGUCCUGGAAAAGUUCGAGAUGGCACAGGCCAAACCAGUCUCCACACCCCUCCCCUUCGGUCACCAGCUUGCGCCACCCACCUCCCCCUCCACCUCCUCCCGGCCCUACGCCGAGCUUGUUGGGUCAUUGAUGUACGCGAUGAUGUGCACUCGUCCCGACCUCGCCUACCCUGUCAGCGUCCUUGCUCGAUUCGUCGGCCCCGGCCGCCACACUGAGGAACACUGGACUGCCGCCAAGCGAGUCCUCCGCUAUCUUCGUGGCACCAGGGACCACGCUCUCACACUGGGUGGAUCUUCCCCCCCCCUUCUCUCUGGCUUCAGCGACUCCUCCUGGGCAGACUGCCAGCCAGACCGCCGCUCCUCCCAAGGCUAUGGCUUCACCCUCGGCAGCGGCCUCAUCAGCUGGCGCUCUACUCGCUCCUCCGCCAUCGCCCUCUCCUCCUGUGAAGCUGAGCUCUAUGCUGGCACCAUGGCCGCGCAAGAGUCCCGCUGGCUCUGCUUCCUCCUGGCUGAGCUUGGUGUUCCCCAGCGCUGCCCCACCCUCUGGUGUGACAAUGCCAGCACCAUCCAUCUCAUUCAAGACCCCGUUUUUCACGGUCGCUCCAAGCACAUUGAGCUCCGCUAUUUCUUCAUCCGUGAACUCGUCCAACAGAAUCUCAUUGCCGUUCGUAAGAUCGCCGCUGAAGCCAACUUGGCAGAUAUCUUCACCAAAGCACUUCUUCGCCCUGCGCACUCUGCUCUUCUCCGCCUCAUCGGCCUCGCUCCCCCGGGCGCGCCUUGA